UUAAAAAAUAAAAGUAAAUUAGUGUCCAUGUUAUAAUAGUUUUCUCUCUCCUCAAACUCGUUCUCUUCAUCUCCUACCUCCUCCUCUUAAAACCCUAACAACAAAAGCAGCCUCUUGUAGUUGUAGUCGGCGCCGCCUCUGCCAACCACCUCUCCUCUGCUGCUAUUCUCGAUUUUCUCUGUAGCAGUAGAAUGGAAGGCAAAAGUGACAUGAAUACCAUGGAGGUUGAAGUAGCUGCAUCAGCACCUCUUCCAUCAAAGCCCAAAUUUGGGGCUUUGAGGGCUCAUGAGAUGUCCGAUGGUCUGGUACAAUUUAGAAAGGUAGCUGUUCCUCCUCAUCGUUUCACCCCCUUGAAAAAAGCAUGGCUGGAAAUCUACAACCCAAUAUAUGAGCAGAUGAAAAUCGAUGUGAGGAUGAACCUUAAAAACCGCAGGGUUGAGCUGAAAACUAGGGCCGACACCCCAGACGUAAGUAACCUGCAAAAGUGUGCUGAUUUUGUCCAUGCCUUCAUGCUUGGAUUCGAUGUUACAGAUGCAGUUGCUCUUUUGAGGGUAGAUGAGCUCUUUGUUGAAUCAUUCGAGAUCAAGGAUGUUAAAACACUUAAAGGUGACCAUAAGUCACGUGCCAUUGGUAGGCUUUCUGGUAAAGGAGGUAAAACAAAGUUUGCCAUCGAAAAUGCGACAAGGACAAGGAUUGUAGUUGCAGACUCUAAGAUCCAUAUUCUGGGUUCUUUUACAAACAACAAGGUAGCGCGGAGUUCACUUUGCAGCCUAAUAUUAGGGUCGCCUGCUGGAAAGGUUUAUUCGAAACUCAGAGCAGUCACUGCUCGACUGGCUGAGAGAUUUUGAUCUUUUAUGCUUUAGGAUUGUAUUAUGACGAUAAUCUUCACCGCUUUUUAUCUUUUUUUUUUGGCAAUUAAUUAUGUGUUAUCUCUUGAUUACAAGUAAAUUUUACUUUUGAGGUAA